AAAUUAUCAAUGUUUAUAUACGAAUUGAUGAAAAUUGUAAUUCAAUUUUUUUAAACAUUACGAAUUUUUCCAUAAUUGCUGAUCAUGAUUGGAUAUGAUAACGGUGGACAAACCGGAUUAAUACAUCACCAUCACCAACAUCGUGGUCGUCGUCUUCAUCAUCAUCAUCAUCGUUAUCCUUUCGAGUUUUUUUUGUGUGGCCAAUCAAAUUGGAUUUCAAAACAGAAAAAUUGACAAUAAUUUUUUGUGUGAUAUCCUGAUAGAUUCCGUAUUCGAUUUUUAUCAUAUCAAACAAACAAACAAUUUUUUUUUGUUACAUUCGCCCCCUCCUUCACAUCAUUUUUUUCUCUCUUUCUUAUUUUCACAGUGCACUGUAUGAUAAAAUGUUCAUCAUCAUCAUCAUCAACAUGUUUGCCAUGACAAAAUAGAGUUUAUCCCUCCUUGUUUUUUUCCCCUUUCCACCAAAAACAGUUUGUCAGUUUUUUUUUUGUUGUUGUUUUUGAGGCAAAACCAAACAUGGCCAAAACCGACACACAUACACAAACACGCAUUACUGGCAUUUGUGGCACAAAAAAACUAAAACAGAGAAAAAAGAGAAUGAUGAUGAUGAUGAUUUUUAUAAAUAGUAGAUUCAUUUCAAUCAUCAUUCAAUCAUCUAAACUCAUGCAACCAUACACAUAGACCAAAUUGUCAAAAUGGAAUAUCCAUCAACAACAACAACAACAAUAAGUUGUCAUCAUCCGAAUAUUGUGGACAUUCAAAAACCAUUGCCGAUAACAUCACCAAUGAUGAUGGAAAAGAUGUCGAAAUCCGAGACAAUAGAAUUACGAAAUAAACAUGUUGGGCCAUCGGUAACGUUAUUUUUUAAGAAAAAUCCAUUGAAAAUCAUACGUGGUAAAGGACAAUAUAUGUAUGAUGAAAAAGAUAAUGCAUAUUUGGAUUGUAUUAAUAAUGUUGCACAUGUUGGACAUUGUCAUCCGGCCGUGGUUAAAGCCGCUACUGAUCAAAUGCAAUUGAUCUAUACGAAUAGUCGUUUUUUACAUGAUAAUCUUGUUGUUUAUGCUAAACGUAUUACAGAUACAAUGCCAAAACCAUUAUCUGUUUGUUAUUUUGUUAAUUCUGGAUCCGAAGCAAACGAUUUGGCCAUUCGUUUGGCACGUAGCCAUACGAAAAACAAAGAUAUUAUCACAAUCGAUGGUGCAUAUCAUGGUCAUCUAACCACAUUGAUCGAUAUAUCACCAAUGAAAUUUCUGAAAAUCAAAGGAGCCAAAAAGAAGAAAUGGGUUCAUCUGACAUCGCUACCGUGUUCUUAUCGAGGUAAAUACAAUUUGGAUAAUUGUGAAUCAUCCAGUGAAAUUGGCCAACGUUAUGGUGAAGAAAUCAAGCAGAUCAUUCAGGAUGCCCACGAUCAAGGACGACAAAUUGCUGCAUUCAUACAUGAAUCAAUGAUUAGUUGUGGUGGACAAGUUUUAUUACCGGAAAAUUAUCUGAAAAAUGUUUACAAACAUGUUCGUGAAGCUGGAGGUGUUUGCAUUGCCGAUGAAGUUCAAGUUGGAUUUGGACGAACUGGAAAAAUGUGGGCAUUUGAAUAUCAAAAUGUUGUACCGGAUAUCGUAACCAUGGGCAAACCAAUGGGUAAUGGACAUCCAAUUGCAUGUGUUAUUACAACACCUGAAAUUGCCGAAAGUUUUGCUCGUAUCGGUACCGAGUAUUUCAAUACUGUAAGUGUGACAAAAAAAAACAUUAAUCAAAGAAAAAUAAUCCCCGAGAAUUUGACCGUUUUUUUUUGGUACGUACAGUACGGUGGCAAUCCCGUUUCAUUGGCUGUAGCAAAUGCUGUACUUGAUGUAAUUGAACAGGAAAAAUUAAUUGAUCAUGGUAUUCAGGUGGGCAAUCUAAUGUUAGAAGAGUUAGAAAAAUUGAAGAAAAAGUAUUCAUUAAUUGGCGAUAUUCGUGGUGUUGGCCUAUUCAUCGGUAUUGAAUUAGUCAACAAUCGUCGUACAAAAGAACCGGCCACAUUGAUUGCCGAAUAUAUUGUUGCACGUUUUAAAGAGAAUCGUAUAUUAAUGAGUACAGAAGGUAAAUUUGGAAAUGUAUUGAAAAUUAAACCACCAAUGGUAUUCAAUGAAUCAAAUGUCAAACAAUUUAUAUUCAUAUUGGAAGAAAUAUUACAAGAUAUUAAUUAUAUGCAUCAAAGUCGUACACGAAGUUCAUCAUUAAGUUCAGCAUAUAGUUCAGAUUCCAUAUCCAUCAAUGGUGGUAAUGGUAAUUACAAUAAUGGACAAAAUGGUGUUGAAAACAACAUUAGUUCGGAUUCAUUAUCUGACGAAGAUUCAUCAAUCAUUUCUGAAUAACCUUUUUUUUAUUACACAUGAAUAUUUCAAUUACGAUAUAUGAUUAUUUUUAAAA